AGGUAUGUAUUAAUUCGUCUAAGUUGAAGUAAGAAUAUAGUAAAAUAUUGAAAAGCAGUGGUGUUUUCCUUUAAAUAGGAAAAUUGUUAGUAUUCAAUUAGUAUUCACUUUUAUGUACUUCAGUAAUCCUUUUAUUUAACGGCAAACCACAAUUCUUUUUCAUGAUCCUUCUCUCAGACACAAAGAUGUCCGAGUGAAGAUGGGAGACUGGAACUUUCUUGGUGGGAUUUUGGAGGAGGUGCAUAUCCACUCCACCAUGGUGGGAAAGAUCUGGCUGACCAUCCUCUUCAUCUUUCGCAUGCUGGUUCUUGGAGUGGCAGCGGAGGACGUGUGGAACGAUGAGCAAGCUGACUUCAUCUGCAACCUGAGCAGCCCUGGCUGCCGCAACGUUUGCUACGACAAAGCCUUCCCCAUUUCUCUCAUCCGCUACUGGGUGCUGCAGGUCAUUUUUGUGUCCUCACCCUCGCUGGUGUAUAUGGGCCAUGCCCUCUACCGCCUCCGUGCUCUGGAGAAAGAGCGCCAGCGUAGAAAGAUCGCACUGAGGCGGGAACUCGAAGCCGUGGAUGUGGAGAUGGCAGAGGUACGGCGCAAAAUCGAACGGGAGCUUCGGCAGAUUGACCAAGGAAAGUUGAACAAAGCUCCACUGAGGGGGUCACUACUGCGCACCUAUGUGGCUCACAUAGUCACCCGCUCGGCCGUAGAAGUGGGGUUCAUGACCGGACAAUAUCUACUUUAUGGUUUUCAACUAGAUCCGCUUUACAAAUGUGAGAGGGAACCCUGCCCCAAUGCGGUGGAUUGCUUUGUAUCUCGACCCACUGAGAAGAGUGUCUUCAUGGUGUUCAUGCAAUCCAUAGCUGCCAUCUCACUGUUCCUCAAUAUUUUGGAGAUCAUGCACCUUGGUUACAAGAAACUUAAAAAGGCCAUCUUGAAGUUCUACCCACAGCUGAAGGAUGAUGUAGAUGACAGCUUCUAUCCUAACAAGCUAAAGAAAGACUCUAUGGUGCAUCAGAUGUGCAUUGGUACCUCUACUGGGCGCAAGGCCACCAUUGCAUCUGCACCCAGCAGAUACAACCUGAUGCUUGAUAGACCGUCUGAUGGACCUGCCUACCCUCCUUUGAUUAACUCGUCCUUGGCUUUCUUGCCUGUUCAGAGUGAUAUCCCGAACAAAGUUGGAUCUGAUCCAACGGAGCACAACAGCAACUCCAACAACACGAGCAGUGACACACGCUCCCCACCUUGCGACUCUGUCACGCCACCAAAGCAAGAAGAUGUGGAGGAUUCACUCCCAUCACCUACACACAAUAAAAAGCAGGAGCUCAAGACUUCAGACCCAUUAAGCCAUCACAGAGACUCAUCUCACACAUCAUCUGGUGUGGGAAAAAAGCCAUGGAAAGUCAGUGCACCCUGGAAUUGUUCAACAGUUGUAGAAGGUAAUGUUUCAGACUCUGAUUCUUUAGAAGGAGGAAAGACCCCCUGUCCCUAUGCAACUGUGCGGGCACGUACAUCAUUGAGGUCCGACUCCAAAAGGAGUAGACCCGCCACUCCUGAUUCACUAGAAGAAUCCAGCUCAGAGUCGCGGCACAGUCCGCAACGAACGUCACCAAGCCGUCGCACCUCAUUGGCCAGCAGUGCCAGUAGUAGACGUGCAGCUCCUACAGACUUACAGAUAUGACAAAAAUGUUAAGUCUAUCCAGUAUAGACACUACUGGAGAACUAAUGAAGAUCGCCAAAAGGAUAUUUUGACAUGGAUUUACUUUUGAAUUAUUUAUUGUCCUUAGAAUGAUUAAUGUUAUAAAGCAUAUUGAAAUGUUUUUUGAUUUGUCAGGACACCUGAAAUAUUUUAUAAUUUGUUUUGGUAAAUAUAGUUUUGGCUUCAUUUCUGUUGGCUCCAGCAUGUCUUUUUGCAGCUAUACAGCAAUAAAAGCAAGCAACCUCAAACUUGAAGGUUUUAUAGAGGGUAUGCAUUGACGUCACUUUUCCAUGUGACCACGCCCUGUUGAGUGGCAAACGUUCAACAAAAUGGCUGGUUUUCAUAGCGGGUGCUGCGAAAAUGCCAAUAAAACUGACUAUUAUCUGCUUAAAUUAAAUUUAUUUGGACUUGAUAGCAGAGG